AUGGUCCCCGAAUCCGUGAUCAUCAUCGGCGGCUCUGUCGCGGGCCUGCUGCAAGGCCUCCAACUCAAACGCCAAGGCAGCAACGUGAUCGUGCUGGAACAAGACCCCUCCAAAGACCGCCACAGCCACGAAUCCGGCGUCUCGAUCGGACCCAGCGUCGUCGCGCUGCUCGACAAAUACGACGCGACGGGGCGCCCGGCCGCCAUCCCGACGGAAUACCUGAGCGCCGCGUGGCGCCGCAACCACCUCCGCGUCGCCAACACGCGCUGGCGCCACCACAUGAGCAACUGGGGCUGUCUGUACCUGAUCCUGCGGGCCAACUUCGACGGGCUCGCGUCCGCCGCCGUGCCGCACCCGCCGGGGCCCAAGCGCGGGGAUGGGGACGUGGACUACCGGCCGGGCAAGCAGGUGACCGGGGUACGGUACGAUCAGACCGCCAACGGGGGUAAAGGGCUGGUGGAGGUGGACUAUGUGGAUGUCACGACGGGGGCGACGGAGACGGCGCGCGCUGGGAUGGUGCUCGCCGCCGACGGGGUGCAUUCGACCGUGCGCCGGCUGCUGCAGGUGCCCACGCGCAAGGAGUACGCCGGCUAUAUCGGGUGGCGCGGCACGGUGCCGGAGAAGUUGCUGUCGGCGAGCACGGUGGAGUAUUUUGAGAAUCGCCUGAAUUUUACGCUGUUGCGGGGCACGUAUUUUAUUAGCUACUUCAUCCCCACCGAACAAGGGCACGUCGAACCCGGGAAACGCCUCCUCAACUGGGUCUGGUACUAUUUUCUACCUGAAGGGUCCCCCGAGAUGGCCAGGAUCUUCACCGACAUCCACGGCAAGGUCCAUCCCAACACCGUGCCGCAGGGGCUGGUCGACCCGGAGGUCUGGCGCGCGCAGCUGGCCGCCCACCUGCCCAAGAUGACCGCCCCGCUCGCGGAGGUGGUCUCGCUCACGCCCCGCGUGUUCGUGACCAAGGUCGGCGAGGCGCAGUGCUCCACGGCGAGCUUCUUCGAGGAUCGGCUCGUACUGGUGGGCGAUGCCUUCACGGGGUUCCGGUCCCAUCUCGGCAAGGCCUCGGAGCAGGCGGCCCAGCAUGCCCUGCAGAUGGACCGCGUGUGGCGCGGGGAGAUCACCCAGCGCGAGCGGGACCGCGAGGCCCGGUUCUAUGCCGAGCGGUUGAUUCUGCUAAAUCGGUUGAUUGGGUUCAUGGGGUUGGGGCUGUGGUGGACGGUGCUCAAGACCGGGGUCGCGUACUUGUGGGUGGUUCUGGGGUAUAAGCUGGGUUUUGCUUGA